UUUAUAUUUAUCAUCUGUCACAGUGGGCUUGCGAUGUUCAAAUGGCGCGUGCAAACACCCCCUCCCCAGCGCAGAGCGGUGCUCACGUUUCCUGUAGAGAGAGGGGGCAAGGAGGGGCGUUCAAGCGAGGGUUCGGGGAGCGUGCCAAAUUUAGAUCCAAGUUGUUUGUCAUCGGUUGUGACUCCUAGCUUGGCCAGUGGUGUUUCGAUAGACAGUGCUUCAUCUCUGAAGGCACACGCUUCAGACAUUGAUCUAGAAAGCAACAUGGACGGUGGACACGUCCUGGGAGACGAUAGGACGACGGCGAGGGCGAAAUCGAGUAACGGAGUUUCAAACGAAGAUUGCGGUGUUGAGAGUGAUGUCUUUGGUGAUUCGAAACACGAUUAUUUGAACAGAACGGAUUCACAGGGUUAUGAAACUUAUGGUGUCGGGUUUGAGAGUUUCAGCAGCGAUGCGUUUGGAGAUUUGACCGCCGUUUUGGAAAAUACGGACGGACUGGAAGAUGACGACUACGAGGAUGAUUUCACCGACGAUGAGGACGUCGAUGAGGAGGGCGAGGAAUGUUCACCGAUGCUACCGGCCGCAGCACCAAGGAAAUUAAUGAGAUAUCCACGCAUAGAUGAGGAUGAUGGUUAUGGGGAUAGCUUUGAUACCAGUGGGAAGGCAAAAUCAAUAGAGGAGGGAGAGACUGAGGAUGGGAGGCUCAUUCGUUCGAGCAGUCUCUCGCGGCUGCAGGACGAAGAAGAUGGUGUUCAUUAUCAGAGCCAGGAGGGUGACUACCAAAACCCAUCUACACCAAACGGUUCAGUGCCUCACCCUGGUCACCGGUACUACACCCCACAGCCAGCCAAGAGGAAGGCUUUAAAACCUAGUCCAUCCGCUAAACCUCAACCCUCCGCCAAACCUCAAGUUUCGCAGAAACCUCAGACACCCCCUGUCAAGGAAAAUGGCUCCAGACAGCCCAAGCUAACUCUGACCAUCCCGAAGCGAACAGGAACCUUCGGGAGUCCGAGCCCGGACUCUGGGGAGCAAACGGGAUCGAUUGAUGGGAGCUUUGACAGCGGGAAUGGAAGCGCGAGUGCAGGAAUACUGACCAAACGAGCCCUGAAGCCACCUAGUGCACAAGCCAGGACUGGUGCCGGCAAGACUAGUAGCAUCUCGAGCACACCUAGCACUGCAGGAAGUGUCUUCUCACCGGAAGGGCUCCGAGUUACGCCGGAAUAUGACGGGGACGAACCCAUUCAACCCAAGCGAAGGGCUCCAUCGAAGCCCCCUGUUGGUCGUCGGAAGUCAGACCCCUCGUCUAACUCUCGAACCAGACGAGGUGAAAGACAGCAAAGAAAUGAUUCUGGUGAUGAAAACACGAAGCCAAAAUUAUCUCGCAAUAGAACACUGGAAGGUGGAAUAUCACCGUCAGAAAUGGAAAAAUACAGUGUGAGUCGUCACCGUUAUUUCACUCCUCAGCCUAGCCGACGUAAGUUCAGUUUCCGAGAUGGUCAAGGUCGAGUGGUCUCAGGGAAUAGCUCACCUGCUGCUACUCUGCAGCAUCCUCCUCCUUAUACCAGGUCACCCGUGGAGCGCCUUGCAAACCAGAUGCGGAGUAAUAAACAGCUUGAUCGACCACCCAGUUCUGAGACGAUAAGUCCAGAGACCACUCCCGUGAACUCACCGGUGAAGAAACCUAGGACACCGACUAAAGCAGCACCAUCUCCUCCUAAUCAGGCAGCUAAGACCGGGCCAGAGCCUUAUGACUUCGUCACUGAUGACGAAGUCAAUGUGGCUCGUAAACACGUAGGCGGUGCACGUCGAUGCCGUUCGAUGAGUGGAGGAUCCAUGCAAUCCAUAAAGCGAAGGCCCCUCCCGACGGUUCCCCAUCGCCCUCGAUCAGGUUCCGCAUCAAGGGCAGACAAGGACAUACCGACCAUUUCCAGCAAAGCAAUCCAACGAAAGCGACGAAAUCGCCAAUCAGCGCCGGCUGGCCGAGUGGCUAGCAUCCUUAUCGACUCCAACACCUCUCUUCACAACGCCGCAAAUAAUUCCGGAGCGUCGUCUGCCCCGGGUGAGAAAAGGCGGGAAACCUUACGUGAGGAGCUCCUGCGAUCCUUGGUGGACGGUACGUCCAAGAAGGACAGUUCAACCCUUCCUAUCAAGCGGACUGAUCUAGGAGAAGGUAUGGUCAGUGAUGGUGAUAGGACCAACAGUCUGAAACAGGUGGAGAACUCUUUGAAGAUCAACAUGGUUCGACAGAAGUCGGGUUAUGAUGAAGCGGACACGGCCCCUCGGUUCUCACCACUUCCAGAAAAGAAAUCUUUCUCUAACGGAGGCAAUACACCCUCUCCACCCUCAACACCGAACGGUUCACCAUCGAGACAGCAUCCCAGAAGGAGGCGAAAUAAGAGUUCUUUGAGUAGCUUGGUGUCCAUGCCCAAGAGUCUUGUGGCUAGCAACGAAUUCCUCAACGACAUUCUGCUCAGUGAUCGUGGUUCACAUAAAAAGCUCAAGGCCAUCGUUGGGUUCCUAGUCGGUCUCAUCCUCGGUGGUCUUCUCUUCUUAGGACUCUACUACGGCCUCGACUACCCGAUCUAUCCGGCUCUCAUCAUCGCAGUGAUCGGGACUCUCUUCAUGGCACUUUGCCUCGCGUUCACUGUUCGUGCAAGGUGUGUUGCAGCCCUGAUGGUGCCAACAAUCUGCACCUCCAGAGGGCGGGCUGCCUUCCUGACCUUCAUCGUUACCCUCCUACUACGCGGACCUAUCCACAACAUCUACCUGAACUCCAACGAAGUUUCUGACUCCAUGAGCUGCAGUGCACAGCUCGCCUACAACCAGACCCGUGAGAUCCAGGAGGCAGCUCAACGUGUUCUUGAUGCAUAUGUCAAAGGUCUUCUGACCAGUGUAGGGCGGAUCCAAGGUGCCGUAGCUCAGGUUCAAGAGGUCUUUCAACCGGUGGAAGAUGGCCUCGGUAUACUCAAUGAAGGACUCGACGCUGCAGGGAGAGAACUGGGAAAAGCGGCAAGGGCCUGUGACGACAUCUUAGGAUCAGCUUACCGGAGUUGCGAUCGGAACUUGAAUAAUGUCUACAUCGACUGCCAAACAUUUAUGAGAGAUAAAAGGGUCCCAACCUCCGUUGGUCAAGUGUGUGAGAUUUUUAACGCAGACGCCGUAUGUAGUCUUCUGAAAAUUAACAGUAUCUGUGCCACACCGGCCUAUCUGGACAAUGCCGUAAACAACGCCCUCUUGAACACGCGCACUGCAAUGCAGAGCGUAGUGGACACCUUUUCGGCCGAUGUCGAUUUCUCGCGUUAUUUCGAGAAGCGUUCAAACUCGAGCACGACCGCUGAGCACAUCCAAGAGGCCAUCUCUGCAGAGCUGGACGAAGCUUACAGCUACGUCGACUGGAUCCUAUCCUUCUCUGACAAACUCCUAGCACUGUCCUUCGUCUGGGUGCUCUUUAAGUCAUACAUGUACCACUCCAACUACCGCACCAAGGACUCAUACGACAACCAGUACAUCACUGCACAGUUUAAGAAGCUAGAUGCCAACCGCAGUGAAAAUGGACAACAUCACCUUCUACCACUGAAAAAGAACGAACGGAACCGACUCAUUGACGUGACUGCUGUUCGUCUAUGCAAAUCGGAGAAGGGCUACUUCAAAUUUGGGCUUUCGACUGUCUGUCUACAUUCCAUCAUUGCUGGGCUUCUGAUGUUCAUUGACUUUGGACUUUACUGGUUGCUUAGCAAGAUUCGAGAGCACGGUGAUGUCCAGAUUGCCACAUCAGGAGAGGCCGGCACUGAUGUUGAAAUCGGAGGAAAUGGUGUUGUGGCUGAUCUUGUAAGGAUUCUCUUCAACGAAGGCUUCAAGGCCACGUCUGCUUUCAACACCUCACUCGACACCACCGUCUGCCUACCACAGCCCAUUAUACCUGACAAAAACUUGUCUAUCAUCAUCAGCGUCCUCUACUUUGUCACUAUCUUGAUGACGCUCUCGCAGGCCUACGCCCAACGUCUUCUCCGUUACAUUGCCGCGUACUACUACCCAGAGCGAGAGGUAGAACGCAUUGCUUACCUCUAUGGUCGCACCUUGCAGAAAAGACAGUCCCUGAUGAAAAUGCUUUGCCAAUCCGUUAGACGGAACAAGAAAGAAAAGGACGCUUACAACAAAAUCAGUAUAUCUUCUUAUUUGACAAUGAAGUUCCCUUGCUGUAAGUGUCUCUUCACCUGUUGCGGUUUAAAACAAACGCAAUGCUUAGGUUGUAGUAGCCCGGAUGAUGGUCUCUUGGUAUACUGCUCUGACCAAGACUGUGACGGGGUUUAUUGUGAGGAAUGCGCCAGAGCAUUGCAAGGAAAAUGCUCGCUGUGUGAUUGUACCAUCAACUUGGGAAAAGUACCAUUGGACGAAGAACAAAAGAUGUAGGCCUAGAGCUUGUCACCUUGUUUGUUCUUAAAUCAUACCACAAUGACAAGGCCUUCAGCUUUCCAUAUUGGUUUGAACGUGCUACCAGUAAUUGAUCCAAAAAAAUUGAUCAAAAUCACGAAUUUUGAAGCCUCGUUCACACGUGGUAAAUUGCCUUUAAAAUUACCAGGUCAUUUCAUGCGAAUACCAGUCGAACAUAUGGCGUCAAUUCGACUGCAUUAUCACCUAAAGCUUAUCAAAUAAUGACGGAGAUGACUACACUCCCCCAGUAAUCAACGCAAUGCUCAUUUUUCAUCCUUUCUUGCUCGUUUUGUACGUUGUCUUUCUCACAUGGCGCGUCACAAAGACCACACCCGGGGCCCGUUUCAUAAAACUUUUUUCAAUAACAAAUGCUUAAUUUCUAUGAUAAACUUGCUCUCAGCCAAUCAGAUGCCAUGGUUUCAGUAGCUUAUAACA